AUGUCGUCGUCCGUAUCCUCCAUCUUCCACAUCAAGGAGCACAUUAUCGACGGCUCUCACAUUCGCGAGUUCCCCCGUGCCCUCGCCCACUCCCAGGAAGACGUCCUAAAGCUGGCCGUGAAGGAGUACAUUCCCAAGGACAACCCGAACCCCAAGCCCGGCGACGUCACUAUCAUCGGCGCCCACGCCAACGGCUUCCCCAAGGAACUCUACGAGGCACUGUGGCAGGACCUCCACGCCGAGUCCCUCAAGCCGUCCUCGACCUUCCGCAUCCGCUCCAUCAUCAUCGCCGACGCCGCCUGGCAGGGCGCCUCCUCGGCCCUCAACGAGCCCCUUCUCGGCAACGACCCGGGCUGGUUCGACUACCCGCGCGACAUUCUCCACCUCGUCAACACCCUGCGCCCGCCCCGGCCCCUCGUCGGCAUCGGCCACUCCUUCGGCGGCAACACCAUCGUCAACGUCGCCCUCGUCCACCCCCGCCUCUUCUCCGCCGUCGUCCUCCUCGACCCCGUCAUCUCCAAGUGGUCCUCCAACGCCACCGGCACCAUCGCCGCCUCCCCCGCCGCCGCCUCCGCCCGCCGUCGCGACCUCUGGCCCUCCCGCGAUGCCGCCCGCGCCGCCUUCCUCCGCUCCCCCUUCUACCAGGCCUGGGACCCCCGCGUCUUCGACGCCUGGCUCGCCCACGGCCUCCGUGACGUGACCACCCACCUGUACCCCGCCACGGCGGCGCCCGGCAGCGUCACUCUCGCCACCACCAAGCACCAGGAGGUCUUCACCUACUUCCGCCCCAGCUGGCACGCCUACGACCCCACCGGCCGCGAGGUUGUGCGCCCGGAACUGGUCCCGGACCUGGACCCCAGCCUCAACGAGCGCUAUUUCACCUUCCCCUUCUACCGCUCCGAGGGCCCCAGCACCCUCGCCCGCCUGCCGCACCUGCGCCCGCCCGUGCUGUACGUCUUCGGCGGCACGAGCGACCUCUCGACCCCCGAGCUGAGGGAGGAGAAGAUGCGGCUGACGGGCACCGGCGUCGGCGGGAGCGGUGGCGUCGCCAGGGGCAGGGUGGCGGAGGUGACGCUGCCGGGGGCCGGGCACCUUUUCCCCAUGGAGGUACCGGGCGAGAGCGCGCGUCUGGCGGCCGGGUGGAUCGAGAAGGGGCUGGCCGAGUGGCGGGAAGAGCAGGCCGAUUACGAAAGGUGGACGAGGUUGAGCGUGCCGGAGAAGACGACGCUGACGGACGAGUGGAUGGAGAAGCUCGGGGGCUCUGCGCGGCCGUCCAAGGCGAAGUUAUGA